AAAAACUCACGAAAAGUCGACCGUUGAUACUCCACCUUUUCCACUCCCUCAAACUCUCACUAGUCACUAGUCGCACUCUCACUCGCCCACUCACCGCCACUGUCCACUGGUCGCUCCCUCAGAGAAUUGAGCUGAGAAAAAAAAACGAAAAUGCCGACACUCAAGAAGGUCGGCCACCGAUCAUCGGAACCGGACCCAUCAAUCGACAGGAACAUUGGCAUUCAGACGCCAAAGAUUUCGGUCUACGAACAGACGAGAGAUGAGAGAAUCAGAGCUAACUUGGAGAGGAUGCAGAAGCUCGGCCUCAAGGAACUCUCUCUCAACCUCAAUCCACUUUCCCGGACCAAACCCAAGCAGCAGCGCAAAAGCUACACUAAGUUCUCCGAGAUGCCCGACCUUUCUUGCCCACGCCGCCGCUCUUCUAGGCUGCAAAACAUAGAUCCCCCUAGCUAUGCAGAAGGGGGGAAGUCGAAGAUGGAUGCGUUAGAGGAUGACGAACGUGUGAAUCGAAGAGCUGGUAGCAAGCCGGAGGUUUACUCGGAAGAGCAAGUGAAGAGGCUCGGGGGCACCGAGAGGACCUGGACACUUUUCGUGGAUGGAUAUGGGAAAGAUGGGAGAAGAAUUUAUGAUCCCAUUAAUGGCAAGACUUGCCACCAGUGCAGGCAGAAAACUCUCGGUCAUCGCACCCACUGUAGCAGUUGCCAAAGGGUGCAAGGGCAGUUUUGCGGAGAUUGUUUGUACAUGAGAUAUGGGGAGCAUGUACUUGAAGCCUUAGAAGAUCCAAACUGGAUAUGCCCAGUCUGCCGUGGGAUAUGCAACUGCAGCUUUUGUAGACAAGCAAAAGGGUUUGCUCCCACCGGAAUUAUGUACAGAAAGAUAUCAAGCUUGGGGUACAAGUCAGUUGCACACUACCUCAUGCAGACCCAACGUCCAGAAACCAAUGUUGCCGAUGAAAGCUCAGCUCCGUCAAGUGGAGAAUCUGCUCAAAGAUUACUUGAAUUUUCAAAUACCAAAGAAGCAGAACCAAAGGAACCUUGUGAAAUCAAGCAUCAAGAAGAUACACCUGUGCAGCAACCUAAUUCUGAAGAACUCAAACCUGGCAGUGAAACUCCCGUAUUGAAUAGCGAGAUAAAGAGAUUGGUGUGGUUAUCAGAUACUGAAGUAGGUUGUGACUACGCAAAAUUUAUUUCAGCAACUCCUCCUAAAAGUGAAGGGAGGAGAGAAAACAAACUGAGAAGUGAAGAAGAGAAGGAGAAAAUGGCCAUUAACUUGGAGGCGGGGCAAAGGAGGCGGAGCAGGAGACUCAGCGUAAGUGAUGAUCAGAAUGAGGUUGAAAUAACAAUGGUGAAGGAGGGGAAAGCUUCUGGAAGGCUUCGUCCAAGGAGUGGAUUAGAACCUUUUGGUGGCAACACUAGUAACCAAGCUGCUGCACCAAGUCCCGAUAGCAUCGGUGCAAGGCUGCGUCAAAGGCGCAGAUUAUGUGCUUAAACUAUUGAGUUCAAGGAGAAGAUGAGUCUCCUUCACGUGGAGAUGGCAGUUGCUUGAGACAUAGACACAAAGCAAGAUGAAGACUUUUUGGGUGGGGGAGAGUCCUGUGUCUUUAUUUUGUGAAGCGGAUUGUAGAUGUAAUGUAGACAUUGUUAGUUCUAGUUUAUGAACACUCUAGGUUUCCUCUUAUGUGGGAUUGGUGCAAAGAUGAUGAUAACAUUCUAGGACAGGAGCAUGGUUCGUUCAAGCUUUUGAGCCUGCAGAAACCGAAACCGGAGAUGGUUCAACCGCCAGGCUGGUCCAAGCGGUCAAACGGUUUAGAGGCACUUGAUGAUUAGUUACACUAUGUUUAGCAACAAGUGGGGUGCAAGUUCGAGUGGGUGCA